GUUUCCCGCCAAAACCAUUCGAAAAAGCAAAAUAGAGAGCAGAUUGUGUGUGGUAUUAUCGUCCAAAAACAUCCUUAAAUUUAGCUAAAACCAUUAAAAAUUCUUUUCUAAGCCUCCAGGUAACAUGGGUUAUCUUGAGCGUCUGGAGCUGGAGAACUUUAAGUCUUACAAAGGCCGUCAUACUAUUGGUCCUUUCAUGCGAUUCACUGCCAUCAUAGGACCUAAUGGAUGUGGCAAAUCUAACUUGAUGGAUGCCAUAAGCUUUGUAUUUGGUGAAAGAACACAAAGUCUUAGAGUUAAGACUGUUAAGGACUUAAUCCAUGGUGCUCCAGUUGGCCGUCCAGUUGGCUCGACUGCUAAAGUAACAGCAGUUUAUGCAGAAGAAGAUGGAACCGAAAUCAGAUUCACAAGAAAGAUUGUCGGCAGUGGUACAGAAUAUCGCAUUGAUGAUAAAGUUUGCACCCCUCAAGCGUACACCAGCAAACUUGAGAGUCUAGGGAUUCUCGUGAAGGCUAAAAAUUUCUUGGUUUUCCAGGGUACUGUUGAAUCCAUUGCAAUGAAGACUCCAAAAGAAAGGACUGCAAUGUUUGAAAAGAUUAGCAGAUCUGGUGAACUGGGUGAAGCAUAUGAAAAGAAAAAAGCUGAUAUGAUAAAAGCUGAAGAAGAAACCAGUUUUAACUAUCACAAGAAAAAGGGAAUAGCUGCAGAGAGAAGAGAGGCAAAACUGGAAAAAGAUGAAGCUGAUAAAUACAACAAGCUGAACCUAGAACUUGCUGAUUGCUUGAUGGAGUCCCAGUUGUUCAAGUUAUACCACAACGAGCAAGAGGUUUCUCAUUUAACCACAGAAUUGCGGAACAAGAGUAGAGAAACUGAGAAACUAGAGAGUAAGAAGCAGUCUAUUGAGCAUCAGUUGAAAGGCAAAAAACAAGAAAAUGCUAAGUUGGCAAGAGAAAUGGCAACUAUCGAAAAAACAAUCAGGGAAAAGGAAGUUGAGUUAAACCAAAAAAGACCUGCUUUUAUUAAGGCAAAGGAAAAGACUUCCCAUGUUAUUAAACGUCUAGAGACUUCCAAGAAAGCAUAUGAAAAGGCAAAAGAAGCACGACAGAGGCAUCUUGCUGAGAUUGAUGAGUUGAAAAACUCCCUGGAAGAGGUGAGGCRUCUUGCCCAAAAGUAUGAGGAAGAAGUUGCUGAAGAAAGCCAAGGAGAAGAUCUGGAACUCAUGGAUUCUCAGGUUGAAGAGUACAACAUAUUGAAAGAGCAAGCGAGAAAAGAGACAGCAGCAAUAAGGCAACAGCUGGAUAGGAUUAAUCGUGACCAGCAAUCUGAUCAAGAAGCAGUUGAUGCAAUAAGACAAAGCAAGUUAGACAUGCAGAACAGGAAGAAACAACUUGAAGAGCAAAGUGUCCAACUGAGAGAAAGGAUAGACAAGCUAGAAGAUUAUCUCAACACAAAUGUCCAAACCGUGGAAAAAUUGAAGGAUGAUUAUUCCAAGUUAUCUGAUGAAGUGGAAGGUGCCAACACACGGCACAGAGAUGUAUCAGUAUUGCUAGAGAGUGUGCAAGAAGAGUUGAAUGAGGCCAGGUCUGAUAAACAUGAAAGUGCAAGACAUCAGAAAAGAAAAGAAGUUAUGGAAAGCAUGAAAAGGUUGUUUCCUGGAGUCUAUGGCAAACUUAUUGACUUAUGUGAACCUGUGCAUAAGAAGUAUAAUCUUGCAAUAACCAAAGUUCUGGCUUCAAACAUGGAUGCCAUUAUAGUAGAUACAGAGAAAACAGCUAAAGACUGUAUCCAGUACUUGAAAGAACAGAGAGCUGAACGUGAAACCUUCCUUGCCCUGGACUUUAUACAAGUGAAGCCAAUUAGCGAACAGCUAAGACAACUGGGUGGAAAUACUAAACUUGUGAUGGAUGUCAUUAGGUACUCUCCCUCGGUUGUGAAGAAAGCAUUGCAGUAUGCCUGUGGUAAUGCCCUGGUAUGUGAUACAAUGGAAGAAGCAAGGAAACUUGCCUUUGGAGGAUCAGAGAGAAAGAAGACUGUGUCUUUAGAUGGUACUCUCUUUCAAAAGUCUGGAGUCAUUUCUGGUGGUGUUAGUGACUUGAAAGCAAAGGCCAAGCGCUGGGAUGAAAAGCAAGUAGAUGGUCUUAAGAAGAAAAGAGAUCAAUUCCUUAACGAGCUGAAGGAUUUGGCCAAACAUCGCAGAAAGGAACCGGAAUUGCAAAACUUGCAGUCACAGAUUGAUGGGCUCGAUAACCGCCUGAAAUUCUGUCGCAAAGAUAGAGACAACAUAGAAAACCAAACUUUGGCUGAGAUUUCUCGUGAACUGAGAAUAAUUGAUGGGAAGUUGAAAGCACUAGAGCCUGAUAGAGCACGCUUACUUGCAUCAAUGGGUGAAAGAGAGCAAGAAAUUAAGAGGACAGAGAUGGAGAUGAACCAAGUUGAAGACAGGGUUUUCCAAGACUUCUGUGAUACAAUUGGUGUGACAACUAUCAGGCAAUAUGAAGAGAAGCAACUGAAAGCACAGCAAGAAAGGUCCAAGAAACGGUUGGAGUUUUCCAAACAAGAGUCAAGGCUGCAAAACCAGCUUGAUUAUGAACAAAGCAGAGAUAGCAAGGCUCAAGUGAAGAAGAUUGAGAAGAGCAUAAAGAACGAUGAAAGAGAGAUAAAAGAACUAAAAGAAGMAGAAAAACAACAGCUGAAGGUGAUUGACUUUGAAACAAAUGAGCUUGAAAAGUUGAGGCUGGACAGAAGUGCCAAGAAAUCACAGAUAGAUGAGAAGGAUCUCGAAGUGAAAGAGAUUAGGAAGGCUCUUAAUGCACAUCUGAAAGAUGUCACAUCUAUUCAAAAGCAAGUAACAUCCCUGGACACUCAACUGGAACAGAAGAAAGCUGAUCGACAUGGACUUUUAAAGUCUUGCAAGAUGGAGAACAUCAUGCUACCACUAAAAAGGGGUAACAUGGAGGACAUUGAUCUAGGCGAGACAAGCGCUAGUCAACCAGAAGAAGAAUCUACUUCCAUGGAAGUUGAUGGUUCAAGUAGCCAGGGGACACGACCUUCUACCCAUGAACGCGAGGCUAAUAUCAUCCUUGAUUACUCAUCUUUAAGCCGAAAACUCAAAGAGCAUGAAGAUCCUGCAGAAGUCCGAAACAUGGCCAAUGAAUUAGCAAAUAAGGUUACUAAGCUACAGACCACAUUACAAAGAAUCCAAGCUCCCAACAUGAAGGCUCUAGAAAAACUUGAAGGAGCCAGCUCACGUUUCCAGGAAACAAACUCAGAAUUCGAACAAGCACGAUCRACAGCACGCAAGGCCAAGAUAGAAUUCGAGUCUGUUAAAAAACAAAGGUACGAUCGCUUCAUGGAUGCGUUUGAACAUGUCUCUACAAGAAUCGAUGACAUCUAUAAGGAGCUGGCGAACAAUCCUAGCGCUCAAGCCUUCUUAGGGCCAGAAGAUGCAGAGGAACCAUACCUUGGUGGUAUUAACUACAACUGCGUUGCUCCAGGAAAAAGGUUCAGACCGAUGGACAACUUAUCAGGCGGAGAGAAAACUGUUGCUGCUCUGGCUUUGUUGUUCAGCAUCCAUAGCUAUCAGCCUGCACCUUUUUUCGUAUUAGAUGAGAUUGAUGCGGCACUCGACAACACAAACAUAAAUAAGGUGGCUAGGUACAUCAUUAACCAGACACGAGAACACUUCCAGUGCAUUGUUAUUUCACUGAAAGAAGAGUUUUACACCAGAGCUGAAGCUUUGAUUGGCAUCACGGCGGAGCCCGAUAAUGAAUGCACCGUGAGCCGCGUCUACACCCUCGACUUGACCAAGUUCCCUGAAUAAAACUAUCAAGCAUUUGCAAAAGGAGGAUUAGACAUCAUAGAUCAGAAGUCCAUUUCUUUAAAAUUCCAUUAAUUCGUGUUAUUUCCUUCAGCAUUUUACUCUGCACUUUAAUGGUUUUUAGCUGAUUAUAUAAUCACUUGUUGUUUCAAAAAUAAACAAUAGUUAUUGAU